AACGAGCUUGAAGCAGCCCCGGUGAUCCACCGAGACUCCGAUCAACAUUCCGAUUCCGCCGGGAGCAGAAACCUCUCUUGACAGUUGCGAAACGAUACCGCCGUCAUUGCAGCACAAACUCUUACGCUCUACAACCGAUUUCUCCUCCACAAUCGCUCUUCCUCCAACUCCAUCUUCUUUCUCGGAUUGCGUUUAUAAGAACCUCGCCAUUGCAGCGGUGCCGGACGGCAGUUUUCUCGCGUUUCGGUUUUUGUUCGACAAUGGCGGAGCAGGUGAUUGUGAUUGGCGUGGAUGAGAGCGAUCACAGCUUCUACGCCUUGCAGUGGAUGCUCCAACAUUUCGUUGCUCCUAUCUCCAAUUCUCCUUACAAGCUUGUUAUCGUCCACGCUAAACCGCCUCCCUCCAGCGUUAUUGCAGUUACCGGCCCAGGAGCCGCGAACGCCUUGUCCUUACUAGAUGCAGAUCUCAAUAAAGUAGCUAACAGGACUGUCCAAAAAGCGAAGGAUAUAUGCAUCGAGCACAAGAUUGAAAACGUACAGGUCGAAAUUGUGGAGGGCGAUGCCAGAAAUGUCAUGUGCGAUGCUGUAGAAAAAUUCCAUGCAUCCAUUUUGGUUGUUGGAAGUCACAACUAUGGAGUAGUGAAAAGGAUGGCUCUGGGAAGUGUAAGUAACUACUGUGCUAACCAUGCCCAUUGCUCUGUCAUGAUUGUGAAGAGGCCACCCAAGCCCAUGAACGAACUGAACCCAAUCCAUUGUUGCAGAGAGUAAGGUUUCUGGUUCUGAACGUGGAGCAGGGUUUCACUUGUUUUGUUUUCUUGUUUUUAAUACAACAUGUGGGGUGAGAUUCGAAUUUAUGACCUUUUAGUCGUAGAUAGGUGCCUUAAUCACUUAAUCAAUUGAUCAGGACUUCACGUGUUAGUUUAGCUUCUGUAAUCUGCAAAUUAUAAUUUUUUAUGUUCUACCUUAGUCGAAGGUGUAAUCAUCGUAACAAAUUCUUUUUCUACGAGACAUCCAGUGAGUGUUGUAUUCUGUUUCUAAUUUUAAUACUAACUGAAGCUUUU